CUGGGAAAAAGCCGGUUGCUGGGGGAGUGAGGAAGAAAGGGAGGGACCCGAACACGGAAGUGGUGGCAGCGCCGGCGAAGCAGGUGGAGGCGGUGACUGCGACGUCUGAGAUGAGAACCCCGCACCGAAGGGUGGGGGCUUGCAGACGGGCAUCCGCCUUAGAGGACCUACAUGAGGUGCCGGAGUGGUUGGGUCUCCCUUCUCCAGCUUAGCGAGCACCCAGAGUGAUGGCGGUGGUGAUGGCGGCAGUCACUCGGACAGCCCCAGUUAAACUGCGCUCCGAGAGGAAAGAAAACAAGGAGAGAGAAGGAGGGUAGUGGUCAUCAAACACCAGCUCGUAGGUUUCUCAUCUCUUAACAAAGAAUUUCCUGGUCUGCUGUGAAAUUAAAAAAUAAGGGGAGGAGAGAUUGGCAUAAGAUGUACCUCAAAACCAGAAAUUGUUCACAUUUCAGACAUAUAUUUUGGCUGAGAGGAUGCUUAGCUUUUUUGAUUCACAUCGAAACCAGCUGUGGGAAAAGAACUCAGAUUCUUGACUCCAUGGCACUACGGAAUUAUUAGCAUAAGAUAUAUCCAGAAAGUGCCCAGAAGAAACAUUCUACCGGAAAAACUGAAAGAGCAGUAUUUAUAACACUGGAAUUUGUGGACAGUUUGUUAAAAUGGCAGAAAAUAGUGAAAGUAAUAGUAAAAAUGUAGAUGUAAGGCCCAAAACUAGUCGGAGUCGAAGUGCUGACAGAAAGGAUGGUUAUGUAUGGAGUGGAAAGAAGUUAUCUUGGUCAAAAAAGAGUGAAAGUUGUUCAGAUGCUGAAACAGUGAGUGCUGUAGAGAAAACUGAAGUUCCUUUAAGGAGCCAAGAAAGGAAGCACAGCUGUUCAUCUAUCGAGUUGGAUUUAGAUCAUUCCUGUGGGCAUAGAUUUUUAGGCCGAUCUCUUAAACAGAAACUGCAAGAUGCUGUGGGGCAGUGUUUUCCAAUAAAGAAUUGUAGUAGUCGGCACUCUUCAGGGCUUCCGUCUAAAAGAAAAAUUCAUAUCAGUGAACUCAUGUUAGAUAAGUGUCCUUUCCCACCUCGAUCAGAUUUAGCCUUUAGGUGGCAUUUUAUUAAACGACACACUGCUCCUAUAAGUCCCAAAUCAGAUGAAUGGGUAAGCACAGACUUGUCUCAGACUGAAUUGAGGGAUGGUCAACUAAAACAACGAAGAAACAUGGAAGAGGUCAACUGCUUCUCACAUACCAGUGUUCAGCCCUGUGUCAUCACCAAUAACGAUUCUUCAGGUAGAGGUGGUUCUGGGACUGGCUCUAUAAUGAACCUGGCUUCAAAUAACAGUAUAGAAGAUAGUGAUAUGGAUUCAGAUGAUGAAAUUAUAACACUUUGCACAAGUUCCAGGAAAAGAAACAAACCCAAAUGGGAAAUUGAUGAAGAAAUCCUGCAACUGGAAACACCUCCUAAGUACCAUACCCAGAUUGAUUAUGUCCACUGUCUUGUACCAGACCUCCUUCAGAUCAAUAAUAAUCCAUGUUACUGGGGCGUUAUGGAUAAAUAUGCAGCUGAAGCUCUACUAGACGGAAAACCAGAGGGUACCUUUUUACUGCGAGAUUCAGCACAGGAAGACUAUUUAUUCUCCGUUAGUUUUAGACGCUAUAGUCGUUCUCUUCAUGCUAGAAUUGAACAGUGGAAUCACAACUUUAGCUUUGAUGCACAUGAUCCUUGUGUCUUCCAUUCUCCUGACAUUACUGGGCUCCUAGAGCAUUAUAAGGACCCGAGUGCCUGUAUGUUCUUCGAACCACUUUUAUCCACUCCUUUAAUUCGGACUUUCCCCUUUCCCCUGCAGCAUAUAUGCAGAACAGUUAUUUGUAACUGUACAACUUAUGAUGGCAUUGAUGCCCUUCCAAUUCCUUCUUCCAUGAAAUUAUAUCUGAAAGAAUAUCACUAUAAAUCAAAAGUUAGAGUACUCAGGAUUGAUGCACCAGAACAACAAUGCUAGGAAAAGGGUAGGAACACGGGAGUGAUUAUAUACAUAUUUUCAUUUAAUAUUUUAUUUUUCUUAUUAUGCCACUUUGAAUUUUUCUACAGGGGCAGUUGAAGUCCAAAAUAAACUUAUGCCCUAAAUUUUACUUCCAGAUCAGUUUAUUUUUCUUAGGAUACAAUAAUUGUUUAACAAUAAUAAUUGUUUAAUAAUUGUUACACACUAGGAAUUAAUGGAUAUUUUUGACUAGGUGUUUGGUUUUUGUUUUCACUAUGUAGAUUGUAUACUUAAUUUUUUUCUUUUCUUAACUGUAAUUUGCAUAUGAUCCAGGGAUAUUUGAAGUUGGGUAGGCAUUGCAAACACAGUUAAAUAAUCUGUAUUUCAUACUUUUCUUUAAAAAUAAUCCUGUCCUUUCUUACAUAUAAAAUGCUUUGUUAUCCUAUGCCAUUGGCAUUCCUAUACAUAAGAUAUAGUUUCCCCAUCAUCGUUUUCAGUUGUUUUAAAAGUCUUCAGUAAAGCUGAGUGUGUUGUAAUUUACAGUCCAUACUAAUGUAAUUGACUUUUAUAAUUUACUAAUAGGGAUGUUAAAGGUUAGCAAAAUGGCUUAAAAUCAAACUUCAUGUGUUUUCAUUUUAAAUAUUAACUGUAAAGCAGAAUUACUAAAUUUGAUUAAUCAGGUCAGUAAGAAUCAAAUGAGGACAUGAUAUUUUGGGGGUGAAUUUAUUCUUCUAUAAUGUGGCAUGGUCAUUUAUUAUUCCUUGAGUAGAUCUUUCUCUCACACUUGGAAGAGUUACCAUCUUCAGAACAUAAGUAUUGUUCCUUUCUCACUGGAAGCUUUAAAAAUAAUGAUAACACUAUUAGUAACUAGUAGCUACUAAAGUAAUAAAGCAACUGAGGUUUUUCUGUAUUUACUUAUGAACUGUUGCUUCUGCUUAGCUCUUUUUUAGAAACUCUGAGCCUGUUAGUUUGGAGAGAUGCCACAGUUUAUAAACAGCCACAAAUUUCCAUUGGUAACCAAAGAGACCUAGGUAGUUUUUCAUUAUUUUAAAUUGAGCUUGAAUAAAGAUUCAAGAAGUAAACAUGGAGCCCAGUAUUCAGGGAGCUUAAUAUUGGUUUUGAUCUUCAGGUUUCAGAUAAUUAUUACUAUUUUCAGAACUAGCAUGUCUUCAGUAUGGCUUCAAAAAAAGGGAAACAUUUUGAGAGCUAUGUGGCUUAUGCCAUACUGAACAAUACUGGGCACCAGGCGUAAUAUUUUGAAUUUAACAUCCCCAGAACAGGGAAAUAUUUUUAGAAAUGUUAUAAGAUAGAUGGUAUGAUAGCCUACUCUUCUUUCUUAAAGAAUCAGUGAAUAAUAAAUUUCCUAGACAGUUAUUCCUUCUGGUGAGUUGUUUACCCCUUUGUACAAGUUGGCAUUUUUAAUAUCAUAGUAAUUGAUUUCUUGAUGGUAGUUUAGCUCUAGUAGGAAGCUGCUUCUACCUGGAUUGAAAGAAAUUUGACUCAGAUUUCCACGUUAGAAUAGAUGUUUCUUAAGUAUCAUUGCUUUUAUGUUGAAGUAGCAUUUCCCUUUCCUGCAGUUCUGCUGAUAACAUAAAGAUGGCAUUUAAAAAUAAUUGCUUUAAAAUAAAUUUUUAGCAAUUAUCACAAAAUUAAACAAGAAAAUCUGUUACCAUUGUCUUCUAGCAUAUUUUUUCUCAGUGAUCUCAAGAUUGUCUUGGUUCCAGUGAGGGUUAGCUACUAAAAUGGCACCUCUCUUAGCAGUGAUGAGGCUCAGGAUAUCAACACCAAUGUCAGGAUAAACAUCUCUUCUAAAGAUGAUAUUUCCCUUUUACAAAAGUGGGACAGUCUCAUACUACCUCAUCUUUAUUGUGGCGCUUUUGUAGAUCACUGAGAAGCUUAUCUUAUUUACCAAUAUAGCACUUCCUAAAUGUCCAUCUUUGGUGAAAGAAAAUUAAUAGUAUGGUAAGACUCUACCCAUAAUUAUAGUUUUUUAUCAGAAUUUGAUAUUGAGACUUUCUGUUUCUAUGAAACAAUGUUGUUUUAAAUAUUUUUCUUUUAAAAAUAACUUUUUAUCAAUACAGAAAAACCUAAGGAAUGACUAGCUAAUGAAUAUUCUGUUAAAAGGUAAUUUUAUAAAGAAAAAUGAAAUAUUACGUUGUCUUUUAUAAUGGUAAAAAUUAGUAUUUAUAUGAAAAUCAAGAUCUAAGUAGCCUUUCAUAUAUUCAAACUGGUUGCUUGUGAUAUAUUUUCUCUGGCUUUCUUAUUUUUUCAACUUCAAGGUAUUGAUAGCUGUUAACAUUUUCAAAAUACUGCCAUUUAUAUAGCCUUGAAGUAGGUGAUCUAGUAAAUGAGAGCAGGAAGGAGACUCAUUUAUGCUGAAACGGUUUGUAUUUUUUCCUUUGGUAUUUGCUACAGAAAAGAAAUUGGGAAAGUAGAAAUGUAAGAUUUGAGAAAGGAAUUGUUUACCAUGAAGGAAAAAGAAGAGUAAUAAUAAAUUUUUUAAAGCAUGAAGGGAUUGGAAUUUAGAAAGGUUUAACCCUUUCUCAGUGACUUGUGGACACAUUUGGAAGAGCAUUUGGUAUUCAGAAACUUAACUCAUUAAAAAUGUAAUUACUGAAGUUAUGUGUAAGUAAAUGAGUAUAAUUUCUGAGAGGAACAAUGUGGGAAGAUACGAAUAUAUCUAAAUAUAUUGGUUUGGCCAAAAAGUUCGUUCGGGUUUUUCAUAUUCUAUGGCAAAACCCGAACGAACUUUUUGGCCAACCCAAUAAAUUUUGUAACUAAGCUGGACAUGGUGAGCGUUUGAAAAGUGUAAAUUUCAGAGUUGAGAAAGCAUUCAGCAUGGUGGAAAUGUGUGGCACUUACUGGUGAGAGAGGAUGGGGCUAAAAGAAACAAGAUAAAAUAUUAAAAUUAAGACUUUAGGCAUUACCUCAGGGGAAAGCCUUGACAGUGAAAGGGGACUACUUGAUCACUAAUAGCUAGUCUGGACCAGACACUUAAAUGUGCUUUGGGACUCAUCCUGCCCUAACCAGGAAAUAAACUUGACUUUUCUAUUUCUCUCUGAAGCUUUCAGGAAUACCCCCAAGCCCCCCUCUCCUUUUUUAAGCUACAGCAUCUUGAUCAUACUAUAAUUCCUGAAACAUGCUGAAUGGAUUUUUUAGGUUCCUUGAGCAUUUUUGUAUGAAGAAUCAUAUCUGAUCUUUCUAUAACCAUGCCAUUCACUUAAAUAAUUCACUGAGGGAAUGGUUUAAUUUAAAGGAAGACCUAAUAGGAAGAAGAUUAAAGGAAGCUUUUAGUCAGUCUGUGGCUAGAUUUAUUGAUUUGGUGAUCAGACCUGUGUUCCUUCCUGAAUGUCAGCUAAUGGCAAACUGUGGUCAAAAAAAUGGCUUUCAGUUAAAAGUUUUGACUUCUUAUUGUAAAUAAUAUAAAGAAUGUCUAAGUAAUUAGAAAUCCUUUUUAAAAAAGUAGAGCAAAUGUGGCAAAAAGGACUCAUAUCAUUACACAAAUUACAUUUCUUUUUAUAAGAAAAACACAAACCAUUAUCAUUUAUUCAUGAGCCAAAGCCAUUAGGAAGAUAAAUCAAGUUAUCAGCUUCCUGUCUCUCUGAAGUUUGGAUCAUUUUAUAGAUCCAUGUAAUAGAGAGCUUCCUUCGUAUGAAACAAAAGCCUUGAGACCUAACUCUUACAAAUAUACUCUUAGUUUUCAUUAAAAAUCUUUUUUGUCACUUUUAGCUAUAAUCAGAGUCAAAUAGGUUAUAUAUUGAUUUUGGUAGAGCAAAUUUCACAGGAAGUGGACUUAAUUAUAUAACAUUCCUGGAGAUAACACAAGGGAAACAGUGUUUAAAUGUAAAAUAGAUUGUGUGUUAGGUAAUUUAAUGCCCAAAUGAAUAAAAGAUUUUAAGUCAAGCAGAUUAUUGUUUCUACUUCGGAAGAAAAUCUUUACAAUCUUAGUUUUACAUAAUCAGUUUUACAUCCAUUUUUAUUUCUAAAGAUUGAACAGAAAGCACAAGAGGUUUUUCUUUUUUAAUGGUCUACUAGAAAUGAGCAACACUACAGGAGUCUAUACUAUUCUUAACAUGUGAAUAUAUUAGAGACAAAAUGGAGGUAAUUUUGGAAAUGGUUUGGCUUCUAAAUAGAAAUGUAGACUAAAUAGAAUAGUAGACUAAUGGAUAUAACCCAAUGGAAAGGAAUUUAAGGCACAUGACUCCUGUUUCAAAUAAAGCCAGUCUUUUUGAUUUACUUUUUAAUUUUGAAUAGAUUACUCAAUCCUAAAUCUUUCUUUACUUUCAUUUCCUAGCACAUAAAAUAUAGAUAAUAAUACUUGUCUCUUGACUUCCUGAAGGUUAAUUCUUCCGUUAAGAGGUGACCCUUGGAGCAUACUUGAAAAUAAUUUCUGUACAGCUGUUAAGUACUAAUGUGAUGAUAGGUUUUCAACAUAUUCCCUUAGUGGACCCUGCAGAUUCACAUUCACUUCUUUUAGUCUGUAAUAGGCUUUCUUGACUUAUUUGACAGUAAAGAUAAUGUUACAAUUUGAAUUUAUGGUUUAGACUCUGCAAUUAGAUGAACAGUUGCAAUUUCCUCCUACCCUUAAUAAGGUUUGUGUGAAAUUGAUGUUUGCCUAAGUUAUUUUAAAAGUUGAUUACAUUUGCAGGAAGUAAAGAUAAUCACUUUUGCCAUGGUUAUAAUCAAAUCUAAGCUUUCAGACUUGAGGGUGUAAAACUCAAGGAGAUUUACUUAAAUUAUGCUGACUUUGCUAGAAUUGGAUAAAUUCUGUAUAAACCAAGUACGCAUUCGAUAUAUACUUGAAUAUACAGAGUUUAAGUAGUAACUUCACAAAGCUAUUAGUACUCUUAUCAGGCUUGUAUCCACCCCUUACCCAAAAAGAAGUAGAGUGUUCCCAUUUUUAUUUCUAAUCCUGAAGUUGAAUGUUUCUUCUUGGAUGUGAGUUCAAAUAAAUUGAUCUGAAUAAAUUUUCGUUUCUUAUUAAUUAAAACUUCAUAUAUAAUA